CAGGGAACAAUACAUCCUUUUACACCACGUCCUUCCUUCAUCCGUAUGUUAAAAAGGGAGAUAAUUUCAGUCUUACAAAUACCAGAAGCCAAGAAAAUCUGUUUAUUUUUAAUAUUUAAUAUUAUUAGUACUGUUAUAUUGUUACUAUGGUGUCAUGCUACAAACAGUAUGGCAUUAACAGCAUACACAUAUCUUACUAUAUUUGAUAUAUUCAGCAUCCUUACGUGUUUAAUAAGUUUAUGGGUUCAGAUACAAAGACCAUCUCCUGCUUUCAGUUUUGGCUAUGAAAGGUUUGAAGUUUUAGCGGUGUUUGCUAGUACAAUGUUGGCUCAACUUGGGUCAUUUUUUAUUUUUAAAGAAAGUGUCGAGGCUUUGUUACAACAACCAGAAAUUCAUACAGGAAGGUUGUUGGUAGGUACAGUAUUUGCCUGUUUUGUACAUUUACUAGUAACAUUUGGUGUUAAUAAUAGAGCUAUGAAUCAUACUGCUGCAGCCUCUAGCUCUAGUUGGUUACAAGAACAUGUCUCUGAUAUGAGUGAAAGUUUAUGCAGUGUGGUACCAGGUUUAAGGAAGAUGUUAUUACCAAGAGUCAAUCCGUUUCUAUUAAUAGCUCUGACUGGUGGUGUGUUACUAUUUAUAACCUAUAUUCUCAUUGAUACCAAACUAUAUUAUUCAGCUGAUACUUGGGCUGCAGUAGGUAUAGCUAUUAUGAUGUUUGGUACUAUGGCACCAAUGAGUAUUUAUACAGCUAAAAUAUUACUACAGACAACCCCAUCACAUAUUCUUGGUCAACUUGAUAAAGUUUUAAGGGAAGCUUCAACUUUAGAUGGUGUUUUAGAAUUCAGACAAGAGCACUUUUGGACUUUGUCUUUUGGUUCUUUGGCAGGGUCAGUGCAAGUUCGAGUGAGAAGAGACGCAGAUGAACAGUUAGUCUUAGCUCAUGUUUAUAGUCGACUAUCAAAUCUAGUCUCCCUAUUAACUAUUCAAAUCUUUAAAGAUGAUUGGACAAGA